CCUUAUCCAGCCUCCGUUCAUUCCUUGUGCAGUCUAUCCACCGUGUACAGCUGGCAAACCGUGAUUCCGAUGGAUUGAACCCCGCUCUCGGUGGUAAUCCUGACCGACUGACCUGGCGAUUCUUUCUUUCUUUCCUUUCACUCUCUUUCGCUUCUUCUCCCUUCACCCUCCACUCUGGCCGGAUACGGCGCGGUGACAUCAGAUCGCAUUCCAUGCUCCGGAGUUAAGCCCAUGAUCUGGCUCUACUGAAUUUAUUCACAGUCUCUUACUGCCUGACUUGCUCUGGAUAUCACUAUCGAAUCUCCUUCGAUCUUUCCCGCGUUACGGACACUUGGAGCCUUCUCCGGCUACUGCUGAGCCAAUGGAAGGUGUACGCCAAAAAUGCCGGCCGAAACACCAGGUCUUGAUUCUCAAGUGCUACCCACAGUAUCAGAAAGGGGUACAAUAUGUCAAACCGAAUUCGAGCGAACUCUCGUACCUUCUCUAUUAUGCCAGCACGCGCCGAAGCAAGCUGACCAAAGUCGGCGCUUUUCUUGAGAAACGGGCCGCUCGGGAUGUGUGGCGCCGUAAGAUUGGAAAUGUACAGGUUACGCUUCAAAUCCUCAGCGCGCUCAUCGAGAAAGUACCCCGCGAUUUGCCCAUCUACGCACGAUCGGUCAUGACGGUGAUCGAAACGGUCCUACGUUCCCGUGAUAUAACGAUGGUUGAGGAUUCCAUUUCGACUUUUGAGAUGUUCUGCUCCCACCAGGACAUGGCCGCUUUGUCUGCGGAACAGGACUUCGCGAACCAGUACCGAGAAGUUGUGCGCACGUACGCGAGUUUUGCGGAUAUCGAGGCGUCGUCCCAGGCGCGAGAUGCCUCGAGCCCUCAGUUAGCGAUCCGAUGGAGAAAUGCUGGACUACGGGCGAUUAAAGGCGUGAUCAGCUCCGAGGCAGGACUGGCGGCAGAUGGCGGAGACUCAUUGAACAUCAUACUCCCGGUCAUUCUGCAGAACCUCUACAAUGGAGAGGAUGACCUGCUCCUGACUUUGGAAAGGAAGCUUCUCGAGUCAGAGAAAGCGGAAGCUGACCUCAUGACGCGCCCACGCCGAGUCAGCACCGCAACUGUGGAAAACGUCGACGCCGUGGAUGGAGACCCGACACUGGCGGCCCGGACCACGGCGGAUAUGGACAGACAAGCGGAGAUGGACGUGAGACUGCUUGCUCUUAGCUGUCUGGAACGCAUAAUCGUCACUGGAAGCGGUCGUGGUCAAAUCCGAGUCACAACUAAAAUUGUGUUGGAUUUCAUUCUGCGCAAAGGGAAGACCGACAACCGGGCAAUGUCACUGAACACCAAGGAUACCUGGGAAACGUCUUUGAUUGAGCUUGUCGCCAAAUGGUGCCCUGUUCAAGUCCGCUUCAUUAUUUUGGCCGCCGCUAUGGAACUCCUGCUGGAGCUCAAGCCGACUGAAGACUCUCUAAAUGGCCCUUUCACUAUCAUGUACAUGAUCGACCGGCUGUUGAAAUCUCCAGUGAACAUGAUUGGACUCAGCGUCAUCGACAUUUUGCUGGGUCUGAUGCAAUACAUGUCCUUCCUGGUGUCGCCAUCGCGCGCCGAGAAAACGACUGAGGAAGCUUCUGAGAAACAGAACGGCCAUUCCGAUACCAUGGGUGAGCCGUCGGCCAAGAAACAGGAGCUUCUCUCUUUGCUCCAGAAUUGCAUCGGCGAUCUUACGACCCACAUAUACUAUGGUGAUCAGGUUGUCGACAUGAUAAGAGCUAUUCUCACUCGUCUGCGUCCUUCUAGCUCCAAUGAGCAAACCGAAAACUCAGCAUUCCCGACUCAGCUCGAUGGCUUUGGACCAAGUGCUAGCUCUCCAGGCUCUGGUGAAAAGAAGCAUAUAGUGUUCUUUUCGCCCAGCGCAAAGGUCACCGCCCUCAAAGCCAUCAAAAACGUUCUUCUAGUCGCAAACUCCAAGAAGCCCGCGGAAGCAGCCGGUGUAGAAUCCAGACACCGUGUGGGCAGUUACGUAUGGGAAGGUACUCAGUGGCUGCUGCGUGAGCCAAACAAGACCGUUCGCUAUGCCUACGUCGAUGCGUUCCUGGCUUGGUUGCGAAUGGAAACGAACCAGGAUGACCUCAAAGUUAAGGAGAAGCCUGGAAAGCACAGUCAAUCUCCGAAGCGCGAGUUGACUGACAUUGCCGAGAAGCCCGGAAAACGCACUGUCAGCUCUAACACGGCCCAACGAGAGAGAGCUCUAAUAAUGGCACAGUCGAACUUCCUUCGUUUGCUUCAUUUGACGAUCUACGAUAUUGCCCUCCAAUUUCCCCAGGAGAAAUCCGAAAUCAUGCUUCUUCACCUCCUUCUGGUUAGCCUUGUUGAUAAACUUGGCGUGAAUGCUGCGAGAUAUGGACUUCCGAUGGUCCUGAAACUCCAAGAUGACCUGACCACUGUCGAUAGUGUGAGCUCCGGCAUCGCCCAAGUCAACAUCGCCAGCUUAGUUUUUGGGUAUCUGUGGGCACUGACUGAGAAAUUCGACCUGGAGAAUUGUCACGUCGGAGGCGAGAUCAUGAAUGAAAUUGUCAAGAGGCAGAAAUAUGGUAUUUGGGUGGAGCAGAUACGUCUUCCGGCAGCCAGUCUCAACGACAUACUUCAGGACCGGACAUCUCAGUCCGCGAAUUUCGGCAUGGAGCAGAUCAAAGAACUUACUCCUUUCGGUUAUGGCAUUGAGGAGCUUGUCAACCGCCUCGAGGAGGCCUAUAACGGGUUUAUUCUAUCGACAACUCAUAGUCCGCCCACUUCUCCUGGACGGAGCUUCACUACCCCUAUCCUGGCACAGGUUUCGUCUGCUGGAGGUACCCCGAAGGGCAGCCUUCUGCCAUCGACCGUCAAGGAGCAGAUGCUGUCGGCAUGGUCAAGAGAAACCUGUCUGGCAGCCGCUGAGAAAGAUAAAGCUGAAGCACUGUCGCUCAGCGGCUCCAAAUCGGGGACCAUGGCGAUGCGCAGUCAUAUUUACCACAAUGGUCAUGGUGACAGCUCUCCAUCCACCGUUUCUCCGGCAUCCGCUCAUCAUGGUGUUUCGGGCGGCGCAGCAGGUCUGCCAAACGUCCGACGGACCAGUGCACCCAAUUCGUCAGGCUCCCAGCUUAACGACUCUAAUCGCGACUCUCCGGUUCACGUGAACGAGCUCAGACGGGUUCUUUCGGUCAACAACGAAGGGAAACGGAGACUUAGUCCGCUACGUGGCCGCUUGGAUACCGCCAAUAGCAGUGUUGUUUCUUCAAGCAGUGAGAGCAUGAACGGACAUUCGGGUUUAGAAAGCGACGGCAUCGAAACCCCCAAGGCCUCGGCGUUAACGUACGGUUCGCAAUAUUCCUUCCAUUCUGGCGAAAAUGGCCCCGAUGUCAUUCCUCCGGUUCCUCCAAUUCCACCCUCCCUUUCUAUUCCUGGUGGUUUCCCCAAUGAGUCCCAGCGUUCUCUGGCAUCGGCCGAGCGGCCAUCAACUGCUCCCGGACGGCCCCGCAGGAAGUCCAGCGCAAGCGCGAAGGCGCAGGCAAAUGCCACAGCUGGCAGAUCUCUCAGCAGACACAAAAGCCGAUCUAGCACUGGCCUCGCGGCUGCAGCCGAUGAUGAUGAACACCCCAAGACCAAUGGCCACGAAGACACAGAUCCCACCAGGAAUGAUGUGCAAAAGCUGCUUGGUGGCUUCUUGUCCCCAAUGGAUGCUGAAAGCAGGAAAGUCGUGGGCAGGUCGCGAACUGGUCGACGCAGUGCCACCGGAGGAAUCGGACGUCCUCCAUACUAACUUCCACUGUCAUAUAUACGUGACUUUUCUCUCCUUCGUUUCUAUUCCUCUUCUUUCCCCUCGGUAAUGCCCGAUGACCUUUCUUAUUAUCAUUUAUU